AUGUUUUUAUUAUUGUUAAUUAUCUUCAUAUGUUUUAUAUUAAUUAUUAUUUCUCCAUUUAUUUUAAUUCGUUUAAUAUCUUCAAAAAAUUCUAAUCAAUAUAAUGGAAAUUAUCUUUUAGUUAUAGCACAUCCAGAUGAUGAAUGUUUAUUUUUUUCACCUAUUUUAUUAUCUAUUGAUUCAAAUAAAUAUAUAUUAUGUCUUUCAAAUGGAAAUAAUCAUCGAUCCGAUGAAUUACGUCGUUCAUGUAUUAAACUUGGUAUUAAUAAUUAUAAAAUAAUUGAUGAUAAAAUUAAUUUAAAAGAUGAUCAAACAAUUUCAUGGUCUUCAGAUGCUAUAUUAGGUCAUGUUAAACAAGCAAUACGUCAAUGGAAUAUUUCAAUAAUAAUUUCAUUUGAUAAUUAUGGUAUAAGUGGUCAUAAAAAUCAUAUAUCUAUUUAUUAUGCUUUAUUAAAAUUAUCUCAAACAAGUCAAAUACAUUUUUUUGCACUUCAAUCAUUACCAAUCUAUAGAAAAUAUUUUACUUUAAUAGAAUUAUUUAGAAUUUAUUUUCAAAAAAAAUCAAUAAAUAUGAAAACAUUUAUUUUACCAGUAAAAUAUUGUUUAACACCACAUCGUGCAAUGUUCGAACAUCGAUCUCAACUUGUUUGGUUUCGUUAUUUAUAUUUAUUUUUUUCUCGUUAUAUUUGGAUUAAUGAUUUUACAUUAGUUUAUUAA